GCGGCGCGGGGAAGAUGGCGGCGGCGGCGGCGGGCGGCUGGGCGGCCGAGGCCCCCGAGGAGUUCGAGGACGCGCCCGACGUGGAGCCGCUGGAGCCGACGCUGGCGAACAUCAUCGAGCAGCGCAGCCUCAAGUGGAUCUUCGUGGGCGGCAAGGGCGGCGUGGGCAAGACCACGUGCAGCUGCAGCCUGGCCGUGCAGCUGUCCCGGGUCAGGGAGAGCGUGCUCAUCAUCUCCACCGACCCUGCCCACAACAUCUCGGACGCCUUCGACCAGAAAUUCUCCAAGGUGCCCACCAAGGUCACCGGCUACGACAACCUCUUCGCCAUGGAGAUCGACCCCAGCCUGGGCGUGGCCGAGCUGCCGGACGAGUUCUUCGAGGAGGACAACGUGCUCAGCAUGGGCAAGAAGAUGAUGCAGGAGGCCAUGAGCGCCUUCCCCGGCAUCGACGAGGCCAUGAGCUACGCCGAGGUCAUGAGGCUGGUGAAGGGGAUGAAUUUCUCCGUGGUGGUCUUCGACACGGCGCCCACCGGGCACACGCUGCGCCUGCUCAACUUCCCCACCAUCGUGGAGAGGGGCCUGGGGCGGCUGAUGCAGAUCAAGAACCAGAUCAGCCCCUUCAUCUCCCAGAUGUGUAACAUGCUGGGGCUGGGGGACAUGAACGCCGACCAGCUGGCGUCCAAGCUGGAGGAGACGCUGCCCGUGAUCCGCUCGGUCAGCGAGCAGUUCAAGGACCCGGAGCAGACCACGUUCAUCUGCGUGUGCAUCGCCGAGUUCCUGUCGCUGUACGAGACGGAGCGGCUGAUCCAGGAGCUGGCCAAGUGCCGCAUCGACACGCACAACAUCGUGGUCAACCAGCUGGUGUUCCCCGACCCGCUGCGGCCCUGCCGCAUGUGCGAGGCGCGCCACAAGAUCCAGGCCAAGUACCUGGACCAGAUGGAGGACCUGUACGAGGAUUUCCACAUCGUGAAGCUGCCGCUGCUGCCCCACGAGGUGCGGGGGGGGGACAAGGUCAACACCUUCAGCUCCCUCCUGCUGGACCCCUACCAGCCCCCCAGCCCCAAAUAACCCCCCCGACCCCACAGACCCCCCCUCAUUCCCGAGGAGGGGGUGGGGAGGGGGCGCUGCCCCUAUUUGCCCCUCCCCCCGCCAGGAGGGAUGGGGGAGGGGCGGCUCUGCCCUGUCCCCUCCCCCUCUAC